AAGCAGGAGAGCAGGGUCUACAGAUCGAAGCACUACAGGUGACUAGCACUAUUGCUCCAAUCAUAAGCAAAGAAUCAGAAGAUACUGGAGAUGAAGCUCCGAUUUUCAAGCCCGGUAAUGAGGUUACGAUCUUUCAAUCCAGAAUCAUUACCUCUGGUAAUAUUCCUAAAGCUCUGAUUGAUUCGGAUAGUGAGAAUAUGG